GUGAAUACCCUCCUCGUCACGUACGGGAUCAUUAGCUGGAUAUCCUUGGUCCCGCUGGCCAACCCUAUCCGAUAGCGGUGAUCCUCGUGCUUGACAUCAUUAUCCUUGGAUGCUCCGGAGCGCCAACGCGGUCCGACCAUAUCUCGUCGCAGGCGCCUUUGUAGUUCGGUCUUUCGGCACUGCUACGUUUUCUUCUCGAGCUCACGCUACUUCUUCGUCUCUUCGUCUUUGUCUUAUGCAAAUUUAUCUUAAGCGAGUCGGUACAGUUAAUACGCUGUUUAGUGACAAUUGUGACAGUGUGAAGACUUGUCAUUUGAUGGAAUAAUAUUCAAGCAAAAAUGGACGCGAUUGUGAUGGUGAUAUAAUAACUUUUGACCCUGAUGUUGGAAAGAUCGAUGGAUGGUAAGUCGAUAUGACGAAAGGAAUAGUUUAAUUUGUUUGAUAAGAAACGCGUGAUCACUCUCCUGACUCUAAUAGUGUCGAAUAGCAUCGCUGAUUAUGGUGAAAAAGAAAAACUGAGGCACUUAGCCAAUUGCUGUUUCCGCGGAAAGAACUUGCGUGACAAGUGUUAUUAUAUCGCAAAUUUUAUUGCAGCAAUUUAAACCUUUGCUAUGACUAUUCAUUAAAAUCAGAUUACUCUUCUCAAAAAUAAGUCCUUCAUAAAAGAGGAAAGAAUAUUUGGUGGAAGAUUAAUACUGUUUGAAUGAAUUAUUUGUAGUGUUAUUUUAUUAUUAGUGCGCGCGUAUCGAGCGUUGAAGAAAAAUAAUAUAAUACUUUCAAGAAUUACGAUGGAGACGAGCGAUCCGUCGGGUAGGCUAACGACGGAGGACCUAUCGGAUUGCAUAAGCGACAGCAGCCACUCGGAAUCUCAGCUGAGAGCAUUUCAAAGUUACGAACGCAUCAAAGAACUAAAUCUCUCUAUCGACAAGACCAAAGAGGAUGGGUCAACAGAACCGAAGGACUUUCAUCUUAAUCUCGAAAGCGGUAACAGAACGUCCCUUCGAUUCGACGAGUUUCCGUGCGAGAAUCCGACAAGAAACUUAACCAUGGCUCUGAACAAGACCAAGGAUUUCAGUUACUCCGCUAACAACUUGAGCGAAAUGAAUUAUCCGUUGGACAGACCUAACGAAAACGAAGAAUCUGCGGACGCCGCGAGCGCGCUAUGCAGAUCGAAAAAUCCCACCGGCAAAACCGUACUGUUUAAUCUACGUGAGACCAAACAGAGAAGCCCUCACGGGUCGUUAUCCUCCCUAGAUAGGUACAGCAAAGACCUGAACUUCGUGGUGGAAAAGGAGAUGAAGGAUUUCGGCUUGCUCAAGAAUUACAAUCUCGAUCGCAUGAAGGAGUUCAAUUUUUCUCUCGACAGAAUGAGAGACGGCCACAUCAGCAGUUUGGCUCUCGAGAGAUUGCGCGGUGGCGCCGGCCUGUUGGAGAAUCAAAGCAUACUGGAGCACAAGGAGUUUAGAAAUCUGCAAGUGCAGCCAAGGAAUCCCGACCUCGAAGCCAUAGCUUUGGAACGCAUGCGACGCUCGCAUCUGCUGGGCACGGAGUUGUCCGCGCAAAACCUGUCGACACAAGUGCCGCACUCACAUCCAAUCACGCACAUGCAGCACUCUCAGCAGCAGCAGCAGCAGCAAGUAAAGUCCUUCACCAUCGAUGCGAUCUUGGGCCUGAGAAAUAAUCAGCGAGAAAAGCGAAGCCAACAGCAACAAUACAGAAAACAAGGUCAGGAAAGCACGACAAAGAACGGCAAUUCGAGUUCUGCUUCUGGCGGGGGUGGCAAAGUGAAAAGGGUACGAACGAUCUUCACGGCAGAGCAAUUGGAACGUCUGGAGGGCGAGUUUGCACGUCAGCAAUACAUGGUGGGCCCCGAAAGGCUAUACCUGGCUCAUGCACUCCGGUUAACAGAGGCCCAAGUGAAAGUCUGGUUCCAGAAUCGCCGUAUCAAGUGGCGGAAGCUGCAUCACGAGCAACAGAGUCAGAGAGUGCACGAGUUCCAACGCACGUUGAACUCCUCCUUGGAACACGAAGACAGCAACGAGGCCGACAAAUGGUGAAACGGGAAUCUAUGAUCUACGCGU